AUAAAAAAAAAAUGUGAAUUCAAAGUGAACGAGUUUAAAAGCGAAUAAAAAAUUGAAUCAAACAAAUAUAUAAAUAAAAGUGUUCAUUUGUGGAAAUGAGCAUGUGAACUAUGUCGGACAUAAAUGCACCCAUUCAACUACCGAACGAAUUGAAUGUGCCUGAAACAUCGAAUGAAAAUGAAGCAAUUGAACCAAUUAAGCCAAAGUCGGCCAUUCCACUUUCUGCACCGCAAAGUGCUGAUAGUAAAUACCCAAAGCAUCGAUUGCGGAAGGAGAAAAAAUCACAAAGUAUGUUUAAUUUCACAUCGACAGUGACAACGACUGAAGAACCACCGCAAAGCAAUGACAAGGGUACAGAUGACGAUGUACCACCGUCAAUAACAUUAUCUCCACCAUCUGCCAAGUAUCGUAAGAGUGCCGAACGAAAGUCAACCGGUUCGCUGGAUCAAAUCGAUAAAUUAUCAGAUCAACCGGAUAUUCAGCGACAAAUUAGUGCAAGUACAAAUGAAAUGAAAUUGAGUGCAAAUCGACAACGUGCCAACUCCAUGGCACCAUCAGAGUAUGCCGAGAGAGAUAAUGAUGAAUUCGAUGAACUGGGUAAUGGUCACGCUGGUUCACAAUUACGUAUCCGAUCGUCGAUUAUAUCGCUGUUUGGACGCAUGGGAAAAAUGCGACGCACGAGCAAUAUUUCACAGAAUUCCACACAUGAUAACAAUGAAAGCAAUGAUCGUCCUCCAUUGAGAGCGCUCCCACACAUUGCUGCCACGAAAAUUAUGCGUGCUUUUAGCUAUGUUGUACACGAACGAAGAAUACGUGCAAACAACAAGGAGUACAAUUCACAGUUUAAAUAUGCGAAUAACUACAUAAAAACGUCGAAAUAUUCGUUAUUGACGUUUCUGCCAUUGAAUCUAUUGGAACAAUUUCAACGAAUUGCGAAUUUUUAUUUUCUUUGCCUUCUACUGUUGCAAUUAAUACCACAAAUUUCUUCAUUAACACCCGUUACUACAGCCAUUCCAUUGAUCGGGGUGCUUGCAUUGACCGCUGUCAAAGAUGCCUACGAUGAUAUUCAAAGGCAUAUUUCCGAUUCUCAAGUGAAUAAUAGGCUCUCAAAAACACUGCGAAAUGGCAAGCUGAAAGAUGAAAAAUGGUCAGCUGUACAGGUUGGCGAUAUUGUUCGUAUGGACAAUAAUCAAUUUAUAGCAGCCGAUGUAAUGUUAUUAUCAACAAGUGAACCAAACGGGUUGUGUUACAUUGAAACGGCUGAAUUGGAUGGCGAAACGAAUUUAAAACCUCGUCAAUGCCUAAAUGAAACGGCUGAAAUGGGACAGGAUCAUGAAUUAUUGUCACAAUUGAAUUUCGAGAUCAUCUGUGAGCCACCGAACAACAUUUUAAAUAGAUUUGAUGGUACGCUUAUUUGGAACAAUCAACGAUAUCCAAUAGACAACGAUAAGAUACUAUUACGUGGUUGCGUUUUACGAAAUACUCAGUGGUGCUAUGGCAUCGUUAUCUUUGCCGGCAAAGAUACGAAGUUGAUGCAAAACUCCGGUAAAACCUCAUUCAAAAGCACCAGCAUUGAUCGCUUUUUGAAUUAUAUUAUUAUUGGUAUUGUGUUAUUUUUAAUAUCGAUAUGCUUCUUUUGUACGAUCGCGUGUGCCAUUUGGGAAAUGAUGAUUGGGCAACAUUUCACGGUAUUUUUGCCGUGGGAAAAAAUAAUUCCCAACGAUCCUGUCCGUGGACCGACGAUUAUCGGCUUAUUAGUGUUCUUUUCGUAUGCUAUUGUCGCAAAUACGGUUGUGCCAAUAUCACUCUAUGUUUCAGUAGAAGUAAUUCGGUUAGCUCAGUCAUUUCUAAUAAAUUGGGACGAGAAAAUGUAUUACGAGAAAAAUGAUACGCCGGCUCGUGCUCGUACUACAACGCUGAACGAGGAGCUCGGUCAAAUUCAAUAUAUCUUCAGCGAUAAAACGGGCACCUUAACUCAAAAUAUCAUGACCUUUAAUAAGUGUUCUAUCAAUGGGCGGUCAUAUGGUGACAAUAUCGAUUUGAACACAGGCGAAAUUCUUGAAUCGAACGAACCAUUAUCAAAUCGUCAUAGUUGUUGUCACCAACAAUUGCCAUCACAUCAAACAGACAUACAUGAACAUCAAGGUGGAAUAAUGUCUGAACCAUCAACAUCAAUUGUAUGUUCAAGUCAAUGUACGGAUAGUUGUAAGAAAUCACCAUUGUCUUCGUCACUACCACCACCACCACCAUCAUCAUCAUCACUUUCACCAUCAUUGUCGUCGUUGCCAUUGAAAUACAACGAGAACCCAACAAACGAACAAAUGACAUUAUCUUAUGAGCAGCCGCAGCAACUAACCAAUUAUCAUGAUUCAAUUAGUGUAAAUAAUUGCGUUGUUAGUAGUGCGGCGACUACAACCGAAACGAAAAGAGUACAUAUUAAUGAUUCGACCACAUCGACCGAACCAAGCUCAUUAUCGCUACUGUUUGAACAAACUACGCACACCAACGAUCCAAUGGGAUCAAAUCAUAAUUUGCAACCAAUUGAUUUUUCAUUCAAUCCGGAAUUCGAGCCCGAUUUCAAAUGGUACGAUUCGUCUUUGCUGGAUGCCGUUCAAGCUGACGACGAACAUGUACACACAUUUUUUCGACUGCUUGCAUUGUGCCACACUGUAAUGCCUGAGCGCAAGGACGGGGGGAGAUUGGAAUACCAGGCUCAAUCUCCCGAUGAGUCUGCCCUCGUGUCAGCGGCGCGCAAUUUCGGUUUUGUUUUCAAAAAUCGUACACCAAAUUCAAUAACAAUCGAAGUUCAAGGUCGUACAGAGGAGUAUGAACUGCUUAGCAUACUAGACUUCAAUAAUGUACGGAAACGAAUGUCCGUCAUUCUCAGGCGAAACGAUAAAAUUGUACUGUACUGCAAAGGUGCCGACAAUGUGAUCUAUGAUAGGCUUAAUUCACAUCAAGUAGAGCUUAAGGCGAGAACACAGGAACAUUUAAAUAAAUUUGCGAAUGAAGGCUUACGUACUCUUGCAUUAGCCGAGCGGUAUAUUGACGAAGAGUUCUUUUACGAAUGGCGAAAACGACAACAAGAAGCGGCCACCUCAUUGAGCUCCCGCGAAGAUCGUUUGGGUGAAAUUUAUGAAGAGAUUGAAUGUGAAAUGAGUUUGAUUGGUGUAACAGCCAUUGAGGAUAAAUUACAGGAUGGAGUUCAGCAAGCAAUAUCAAACUUACAAAUGGCUGGUAUUAAAAUUUGGGUGCUGACUGGCGACAAACAAGAAACUGCUGUUAAUAUAGGUUACUCCUGUCAUCUGCUCACCGACGAUUUAAUCGAUGUAUUUGUAGUCGACGGAACAACACAAGAGGAAGUUGAGAAACAACUAAUUAAAUUCAAAGAAUCCGUUAAAAUCGUAAAUACAUUUCAUCCGGCGAAAACGCAACGUAAAAGUAUAUUCAGUACUUCGAAUGUCGCUAAUGGAAUACCUCAUUCAAUCUCAGCUACCGGAAAAUUGAUAAAAAAUAACCAUCCCCCUGCUGUAUCCGUAGUCACGUUCAGCGCUGAUGUAGCAACACUCUAUCGUCAACAAAAUGAUCCCGAAAAAUUGGAGAAUCUUGAAGAAGUAAUCAGCGGUGAUUUUGAUGAGAAUUCCGGUUUCGCCAUCAUUAUAAAUGGCCACUCCUUAAUCCAUUGCUUGACACCUGAAUUGGAAACACGAUUUAUUGAGGUUGCAUCUCAAUGUAAGGCUGUGAUUUGUUGUCGUGUUACACCGUUACAAAAAGCACUAGUUGUCGAGCUGAUCAAGCGAAUGAAGAAGGCUGUCACCUUGGCUAUAGGCGAUGGCGCUAACGAUGUUUCAAUGAUUAAGGCAGCGCACAUUGGUGUCGGCAUAUCCGGUCAAGAGGGAAUGCAAGCUGUUCUUUCUAGUGAUUAUUCGAUAGCUCAAUUUCGUUAUUUGGAACGUUUACUCUUAGUGCAUGGCCGAUGGUCAUAUUAUCGAAUGUGUAAAUUCUUGCGAUAUUUCUUUUACAAAAAUAUCGCUUUCACAUUCGGUCAUUUUUGGUACGCUUAUUUUUGCGGUUUCAGUGCACAGACGGUCUACGAUCCGAUGUACAUUUCAGUCUAUAAUCUUUUCUACACAUCGUUACCUGUAUUGGCACUCGGAGUUUUCGAACAAGAUGUGUCCGAUAAAGAUAGCAUCGAAUUUCCAAAAUUGUACACACCUGGCUUGACAAAUGAAUUUUUCAAUUUGAAAGAGUUUAUGCGAAGCGUUAUGCAUGGUCUCUUCAGUUCAAUGGUUACAUUUAUAAUACCGUGGGGUACAUAUCGCGAUGGCAUCGGACCGGAUGGCUUAGUAUUGAGUGACCACAUGACAUUGGCUUCGGUCAUGGCAGCCAUCCUAAUAUUAGAUAAUACAGCUCAAAUUGCUCUUGAUACCACUUACUGGACAAUCGUGAAUCACAUUACUAUUUGGGGCAGCGUAAUUGCCUACUUUGUGAUGGAUUAUCUUUACAAUUACUAUUUAAACGGUCCAUAUGUAGGCGCCCUAAUUAUAGCUAUGAAAGGUGCAAAUUUUUGGUUUACGGCGCUUGUUUGUGUGACUAUUUUGAUACUGCCUGUUUUAACAAGUCGUUUUUAUGCGGUUGAUGUCGAUCCCAGUUUGGUUGAUAAAAUCCGGUUAAAACGGAAAAUGCAAAAGAAAACCAAAAGCAGCGACGAUACCACCCGUACACCAUCAGCUAAACGAGCACGACGUUCACUCCGAAGCGGCUACGCUUUCGCUCAUCAUGAAGGAUUCGGUCGCCUUAUCACAUCUGGAAAAAUUAUGCGAAAAUUGCCUCAAGAUUUUGCCUUUCCACUGGGAAAAGGAAGUGGAAUGGGUUUGGGCAGCAAUAAACGAUAUCAGCAACAAAAUGGCGAUGGUCCGCUCCCCAAUAGCGUAAACAAUCAUAUCAAUCCGGACGAAGAGACAAACUCAAAUUCAGUCGAAAAUCGUCGAUCGUCACAAGAUCUGGACACUAUCAAUUUAUAAAAAUGUUGUUUUUCCAAAAAAUGAACAUUUUUCUUUCUGGAAACAAUUCCUCUAUAGUUUUUUUUUUAUAUAGAAUAAAAUUUUAACUUUCUUUUAGUUAAUUUUUUUAUUUUCAUUCUUUAUCAGUUCUUUAAAUGUUUAGAACGAAUGUUGUUAUCGAGAUGAAUAUUUAAAAAUAAUCUGUUAUUUUCAAUUGGAUAAUUGUGCAUGAAAGAUGUAUAUGAC